UCUAAGGUGUCCUUUACUGGUUUCAUGAGGUGUAUAUAAAUAUAUUUAUACAUGUGUGUUUCUCUGGAGCUGGAUUGCAUUCUGGAAAAAUCACUGGCAAAAUUCCUGUGGAGCUUCAAGGAACAGGAUCAGCCCUUUAAUGUUUUAAUAGUUUUCUAACUUCUUAUUGGCUAAUGGACAAGCUACAGUAAGCAGAGUUGCUGUGAAGUUUAGACUGAGCUCUCUCUGCCUUUAAUCAGAAAAAACAAAACGUAGCUGGAGUCUAGCAAAGCUAAACACUUAAGGAGACUUCCUCACUUAUUUGGAAAGAAGAUUCAUGGAACAGUGGCAUUCAUAAAAGAAGACUUUUAAUUUUUACUUUUAUUAUUUUUUUAUUUUUUUUUUAAAUAGAAUUGAUCUAUAGAGUGAAAUAUCAGAAUAUUGGGGACAAAUUUAUUCAAAUGGGCAUGGUGACACUUCUUGCUCUCUAUUCCAGCAUGGGACUCUGGUCCAGGAUCCCUCCAACAUCUGCCAGCUCCAUCAUGGUACUGUUUCUUGUGAAACAGUAUUUUCACUCCCAGGCCAAAGGUUCUCUGCUGGAAAAAACCACUACUGGAUGGAACAAAUAUAAACAGGAAUGCUUGAAAAUGCUGCAGGAAUCAUCUGUAGACAGUGGAAUACACUGCAAUGGGACAUUUGAUCAGUUUGUUUGCUGGCCUUACUCACCCCCAGGAAAUGUCUCUGUCCCUUGUCCUUCGUAUUUGCCAUGGCUGGAAAAUGGAAGUGUAGGACAUGUAUACAGAGUCUGCUUGGAUGAAGGGAUUUGGCAAACAAAGGAAAAUUCCACAGACAUUUGGCGGGAUAGUUCAGAAUGUUCUGAGAAAAAUCAUUUCCAAAAAAAUGAAGAAGAACAUAAACUCCUCACCACAUUACAGCUGCUAUACACUGUAGGAUAUUAUUUUUCUCUCAUCUCACUGGUAUUGGCUCUAUUUAUACUUUCUUUACUCAGAAAACUUCACUGCACAAGAAACUACAUCCAUAUGAAUUUAUUUGCAUCCUUUAUCUUGCGUGCAGCAGCAGUUCUUAUAAAAGACUCUGUGUACUACAAUAUUUACUCAAAAAGGCCAAAUGAUGAAACUGGAUGGAUAUUAUACCUGAGUCCAGAGACUGUAAUCAUUUGCAGGACUGCCCAGUUUUUCAUGCAUUACUUUGUUGGGGCAAAUUACUUCUGGCUUUUAGUAGAAGGGAUUUAUCUGCAUACAUUAUUGAUAACUGUGGUGCUCUCUGAAAGACGACUGCUACAGACAUACAUCGUGAUAGGAUGGGUUGUUCCAAUCCUGUUUGUGGGCCCUUGGGGAAUAAGCAGAUCCAAACUGGAGAACACAGGGUGCUGGGGAACAAAUGAACACAUGGGGAUCUGGUGGAUCAUCCGAGGACCAAUGUUGUUUUCCAUUGCAGUUAACUUUGGCAUCUUCUUAAAAAUUCUCAGAAUGCUGAUUUCCAAACUAAAAGCUCAGCAAAUGAGUUUUCAUGACUACAAAUACAGAUUGGCAAGAUCUACACUUGUGCUGAUCCCAUUGCUGGGGAUCCAUGAAUUUGUAUUUACCUUCAUCACUGAUGAACAGGUGGAAGGACUUUCAAGACAUAUAAGACUUUUCAUUCAGCUGACAAUGAGCUCAUUUCAUGGUUUUUUGGUAGCAGUUCUCUAUUGCUUUGCUAAUGGAGAGGUGAAAGCAGAGCUGCAGAAGCACUGGUCCCGUUUCCUGCUGGCAGAUCCCUUUGGCUGCAAACUCUGCUUUGUCGGGGAAAACAUAAAAUACCUGAGGAAAUGUUCACAGAAACGGAGAAAGCAGCACCUGAGCAGCAAGCAGCGCUUCUGCCUGGAGGUGAGCAAGCCCUGGGACGUGCAGCUGAAGCAGCUGCUGGGCAGGCAGAGGACAGAGGCCAGCCCAGGCCCUCCCCAGAUGAGCAUGUCGGACAGCAGCGAGGGAGAGGUCACCACCGGAGAGACGACCGAGGAAGUCUUUGAGGAAAGUGAGAUUUAGGAAGGUGUCCCUGGGACAGAACCUGCCAGCAGCCAGUGUUUGCAAAGAUCUGUCACCUGCAGCUGCUCAGAGCUCUGGGAUGUGCAGUGUGAGGAACAAGCAGCUGAUACCCCAGGUGUUCCUGUUUCCUUGGUCUGAGAAAAGUGAUUUUUAUCUGGAUGUGGCUGACCUGUGGCUGGGCAGGAGAGCUCCUCUGCAUGGAGCAGUUUGGCUUUCAGCUGACAUUUUUGCUGGAUGAACUCUGGAAAUAAGCAAGCUCUGGAGACACAUUUUAUCAGCUUCAUCCAUAUGUACUGCCUUUGACUCACAUCAUGAGAAGUUCUUAGUUUUUCUUUUUCAUAGGAGUGGUUCAUAAAUAGAGAGAUGUGUGUGGAAGACUCCUUCCUUCACAGACUGAAAUCAUACCCCAGCUCAAGAAAACCGCCCCAAUUCUAGAACAAACCAGACCAAACAUAUACAUAAAACCCAAAAAACAAACUUGGGAAGAACCAAGCUUUUGCUUGCAUUUUUGAGCAUCUUCACUUAAAAGUUUAGUGCUGGAAAUGUCAUUAUGAGAUGAAAAUCCCCAAAUAUUUCCAUGGAAUGUGCCCAAAUAAAAUGUUCUGAUGCAAUUUUUUUUACUUUUUAUUUUUUUCUGGCUCUUUUUUUUUUACACAAGCCACCAUGAUUUCUGGUUUCCCCUACAUGUGUCCUUAAUGACAAAACAACUCAGUGGUAAAUUCCACCUCCACCUUCCUCCCAGGGCACCCAAAAUGGAUAAAGACAUGGGAUUGUGACAGCACCAAAAGAAUAUUGUGAAAUCCUUCUUCUUCCAUUUAACAAGAGCCAUGGUGAAGUUUCAUUUCUCACAUCCAAACUCAUCCAGAGACCCAUGAAAUGCAAUAAAGUUGGUUAAUAUUCUAUGAUCCAGCUUAUAUAGCUUACCAGUGCUUCAAUGAUUAUUUAUCAGGCUACAGAGGUUUAGCCAUGCCACCUGUGGUAUUUAUACUCUUUUAUUGCAAAGAACAGAUCAAUUCAUUGACUAGCUCUAGUUCAAAACAUAUUUCUGGCACUUAAAAAAAAGUAUUUCUUUUACAGUUCUAUCUGUGUUUAUUUAAUCAAUACAAAGUUGUAUAUUUCAGUAAUAUAUUAAUAAACUGUAAAUGUUUGAUCUGUUUUAAAAUAAUAGAUCUGGAGUUUUUAAAGGAUUUUUACUAGAAUGUGAAUUCUGUUUAUGAAGAAUUUUACUGCAAUGGAUUUCUUCAGCAGCCACUGGAAACACCAGACACCACACAUGCACACAUUGUGUCUUCCUCAAUUUAAAACAGACUGAUUUCUUCUAGAGCCAUUGUUUAAGACACAAAAGAGAUCAAAGUGAUUUACAAUGUGUUUUACUUAGGUGUUAAAAACAUUGAAAUGAUAAGAUUUUAUGGCAUCUCAGUGAAAUAGUUUACAUUUUAAUUGCAUUUUAAAGAUUUUCAUAUGGUCAAGAAACCAGUUUUGAGUGUUUUGAAAAGCAGCCCCUCUAGCUGCAUUUUCUCCUCUCUAUUAUGUGUUUGGGCUUUUUGCCUCUUUCAGUUUAUAAAAUCAACUCUUGUUAUAUAAGCAGGUCCUGUUGGCCUGAGGUCUGAUCCAGACAAAAACAACCAUCACAUGGAUUCCUUCAGAAAGCGCCUUCCUAAGCAGAUAACACCAAGAAUACAGCAUGAUUUACUUGACAGAAUUAUUACAAACUCCCAGUUUCUAAAUAUUUCCAGGGGACAGCAGCAAACUUCACAAUUCACAUAUGUUAGAGUCAGGAGUAGCUGACUGUCCUCCUGGGAACUUGAAGGUCAGGAAUCCUGCUGGGAUUUUCUUUGCACCCUUUGUGGAGCCCCUGGAAGAACACUGAAGCCUGGGGAGCUGAUACAGUCACCUGCAGCAGCCAGGGAUGCUGCAAGUGCACAGACUGGACACAGAAACAGUGGGAAGGACAAGAAACAGGAUCUUGUUCUGACAAAACAAGAGUGGAGGAGACAGCGUGACCUAAGCUGGUGUUUUAAAGUGGUUUUUUAUGUGAAUUAUGUAUAUAAUUUACACACUGAGUAAUUGUCAGGCUACAGAAAGUUUAACAUUCCCCCAGGGGGAAUCUUGCUUGUGCAGAUCUGGUAACAGGUUUUUCUCUUCAUCUUUACUCCCAGAUUUCCACUGCCUCAUGAAAAAACCUGGUGGGAGAUAAAGGCUUCCCACAGUCCUGGGGUCUGCACUCCAUUCAGUAAGACAAGGUGUUCUAUUAAUCCUCAGGACAUCAGAGACAGCCCAAACCUGACUGCCACAGCUUUGGAGUUGUCUUUGCCAAGGAUUUUUCUUCUUGUCAAAACUUGCAUGACAAAAAAAUAAUUAAUAAUUUGCAUUCCAAGCCCAGAAUAGCCUGUGGGGUUCACAAGAGCUUUGCCAUGAGAUGUGGUGUGAUAACUGAUCUGGUAUGUACAAAUAAGGUUUAUUCCAUCUCAGUAAUCUGUUGUGAGACAGGCUAUUAAUCUUUUAUAUUUUACUACACCUAGAGCACAACCUUCCAGACACAGUGGCUCCUCCUACAGCCAGAGAUGUCAAAUGUAUGCUAAUUAUUCAUGUGUACUUACAUUCUUUGUUAAAUAUAUUGCUCCUACAUGCCAGAGUCUGUGCCUCAAAGGCUCAAACAGUAAAGCACAAACAUUCCAUUCUGGAAAGCUCUGUCAGUUAUGCCUUGGAAUUGAUAAUACUGUUCCUUCCUUUCACUUCAUUUGAUUCAGGAAUUUUCUUCCCUCUUUCCAUCAGUCUGAGCUCCCAUGAAGGAAAAUUCUGUAUCUGCAGAAUUCUUCAUGAUGUUAUUUUGCUGCCAUCAUCUUUCCCAGCUUCCACAGCAACCAUCCUUCUGGAUUUUUAACUAUUUUUUUUCCACCUGCCAUUUCAAAUCCCACAAACUCUCUGCUGUGCUAAAUGUCACCUCAUGUUUAGGUAUCUCUGCAGCCAUUCCUGGAGCCACACACAACUACAAUUAGAAGCAGCUGCUUGUGAGCUUCACUGCUGCAAUUAGCUCCAGGAAAUUAAAGUUCAGCUGCCACCUACACAGCCCUCAAAGGCUCCAAGGCUGUUUCCUUGAGCAUCACGUUCAUCACAUUGCUCACCAAAGAGGAUGCAAAACACCACCUAGAAGAAUUAAGGAAAGGAACAAAACCAGCAAAAAGGCAUUAGGAAGAAUUUGUCUUUUUUUUUUUCCCCUUUCUCUUUUGUCUUUCAGGGAAGGAAAGGAGUGGAUUUAUUUGCUUUCAUUUGAGAAAGGUAUCACAGAAAAUCAAUUAUCAAUCACUGACUAAACUGUCCAUCUGUCUAUUUGCAGGGAGGCAAAAAAUCUGUCAAGUGGUGGUUAACUCCAACACUGCUGAGCAGAGGAUCAGAGUGAAAUCCAGGGCUAAAUCACAAUGUAUUCCAUGUAAUUCAUGACAAAGCUUUCUUCCCCCACCCUUCCCUGUGAAACUGGAGCUCACUGCUGCUGUCAUGCCAGGACACUUGGCUGUGUGGACCUUUGGCCUAAGCCAGAGUUUUACUUUUCACAGACCUGGGAGGUAAGAAAUAAACUGGUUUCAGCAACGAAGGAAAGCACAAAGCAAGGAAGGUCAGAAAGGCACUGAACUCGUGUCUGCCUGUGCUCUCUGCAAGCUCCUCAGCCAGGCUGGUAGCUGUGCUCUAAAGCACAGCUGCACACAAUUUGCAGCUCAAUUUCUCAUUCACAUGAGAAUGUGAGGAACCAUGAAAGAUCCCUGAGAACUGUCAGCAGUGCUACGAGGGUGUCUGGACUUAACCCCCACAUUUCCAUGUUCCAGCACAGUGCCAUCCAGCCCUCCUCCCUUUCACACAGACUUGCAGAAAGAGGAAGCACAGUGGGAAGAGCCCCUGAAGCCUGAGAGCAGAGCUGACUGUAGAACUCAGCUUAAAAAUAUCCAAGCAGCUGAUACAAAAAUCCAGUCUCAGUCUCUUUGAGAAAAGAACCAGAGACAAAUCAUAGAGUCUUUAAAAAAAAAAAAAAAGAAAAAUAAAAAAUCAUAGCUCUGUAAAUAAAAACCUGUAACUUCUGCUGUAGCUCUGGGAGACUUGAGUGUUUGGUUUUCUACUCGAUAAAACAGGAAGUCAGAAUCAAAUCUGAGCUGAAAGUUUUCAUCCUCUGCUUUCAGGGACUUGUGAAAACAACAGUGCAAACAGCCUGCAGCACAGACCACUGAGGUUGGACUGUUUGUCCCUACAAUAAAUACUUCACCAGUGCAUGUCUGUAAUUAUUUUUCAUUUGUAUAAGGACCGAGACAGUAACUUCCCCAAGGAAGAAAUAUGACCUGAGUAUUUCUGUGGCUCAAGUCAAGCCAGAGGAUCAUGACUGCUGAAACCUCUCCUGUGUGUUAGGAUAGUUCAAAGCAAGCUGUGCAAAUACAAUUCCCUGGGCCAUCUGACCAUCAAUUCAGAAAUUGCCACUGUGUUCAUUGAAACCACAUGACAAAAAUGGUGAGAGUGCAGCAAACCAGGAAAGAUUCCAAGAUCUGAGCCAAACCAACUGCUUUAACUUUGCACUUAGCUUUACUUUUGCUUUAAAAAUAGCUUUCACUUCUAAGGGCCUUGUGCAGAGCACAGGUCACAUUGAUUCCUGAAGGUUAAAAAACACUUUCAGCCCAUUCACCCUGUAAAAUAAGUUUAACUGUCUCAAUUGACUCACAGCAGUUACCAUGUCUACUCCUAUUUCAAUGGCCUUAUGUGAAUCCUUCCAUGAACACUGCAAAUCAUCAUAAACAUCUGUGACCUUCUGCAGGCAGAGUUGUCUCUUUGUGUCCAGUGGCCAACACAGAUGAAGACAGAUCCCAGAGAUCACUGUCAGGGUCCCCAAGAGCACCAAAGCACUUACCUGCCUUAGGGCUGGCCCAUGGCUCCAGGAGCACUGCUUUAGGUUCUGGCCUGAGACAUCUGUAGGUGUCUAAGGAACGUUGUAGGUGCAGUUAUCUCCUGUUUCUCCUCUUGGAUGGACCUCAGAAGUCAAAGGCUCAAUUACAUUGUGGAAUCUGAGCUUGUUUUUUAAUUAUCAUGGCUGCAGAAGUCUAGCAGAGAAAUUCCUGUGCAGAAUGGUGUUAAACCUCGUGACCUCUGCAUCUAAAUAUUGCAGACUGCAAGGCUGCCACCCUGCCACUGCCAGUACCUGCUCUGGUCCUCUCACUGUGAUGUUUUUCUGGCCAUGGAACUGCAUCAGCACAGCAAGUGCCUCGUUCAGUAAUUCCCCAACUUGGCUUUCAAGGUCGUGUCAAAGUCUUCUACAAGGAAGUGAUUUUUGCUGUCAGGUUGUAGCUGAAUGUACCACAGGAUGUGGAGGGUAUUCACCAGCUGCUCUACACCAUGCACCAGAACCUGAAACAGCCUUUUGAGAGGUUUUUAACAGAUUUAGGUAACUUUGGACAAGGUGCAAAGACACUGCUGUGAAAACUGAGCUUUCACCUGGAACUUUUUCAAUGUUUCACCUUCAGUGUCUUCUCCUUUCUGAGAAGACUGUGCACACCUCUGCCACCACCUCCCACCUCCAUGCACAAGCACAGAGUGCAGGCAGUCACAGAAACCAAUUCUUAUGUGAGUUCAAAACUGGAAAAAUUCUUAGAAAGAAUCUCCACCGAGGUUUAUGAGAUGUUUGGGUGUGCUCCCUCCAAGAGUCACACCCUGCUGGAAGGGGGGCUCUUGUUCUGCAGAACUGGGACCCCAGUGCUCUGAGCCCCCUCCCACAGGCAGGGGCUGGGUUAGGCAGGAUUUUAGCAGGCCUGAUUUUGACUUUGUCAGAAAACCUGUCAGCACACAUGUCAACGCAAAUACCGAAAGGAGAAAAUUCAUUAACAAGGUUUUAGAUAUAAAAGUGUUUUUGACUGAGCUUCAAGCUGCAUGUGAAGCUUAAAGUAAAGGACUGAUGGGGUGGGGAAGAGCUCCAGAUCACUUAAAACAUGAAAACACACCCAUUCCAAGGCAGCUGCUCCAGGCUGCUUGUGCUCAGCUUGCUUGCUCAAGAACCACUUAACCACAUGAGUUUCUUCAGCUGAUUUCCAGAAAAAAAAAAUUAAAUUAAAAACCAAAGGAACAAUAUGGUUCUGAAUAUCAUGUAAAGACCUGAAAAGAGUAAGCACAAGCAGAUUACACCCCAGAUGUGGCUGCAAAUUCAAGCUGCAUCAAGCUAAUAUCAACAAUAUAAUAUGCACAGGAUGUCUUGGAUCUCACUCAUGAGCUUUGGGGCUGUGGGAGAAGAAAAAGCAACUGGGUCAAGACAAUUCCAUGCUCAAUGUGUCUCUGUACAGUUUAUUUUACAGGAGAUGAGAUGAGCACUAUGGUGUAUAUAAACUUGCAGAACAAUAUAGGAAAAUACAGUUUAACCAUAUGAAAUUGUUUUACAGUAAGACAGAAAAAUUACAUAUAGGAAAUGCCUUCAACACUGAAGGACAAGAUCCACAGCUGACAUCAAGUAGCUUCCACUGAACCCUGCCACUUUACCAGAGCUGAAGAUCUGCCCCUUAAAUCUUUUCUUCAUUCAAUUUCAGUUCAGUAAACGAUUCCUUCAUCUAUCCUUAGGGAACAAAAGCCAUCCUGUAAUUUCCACAAUGAUCCAAGAUUUACUAGUAACCCAGACAGAGGCUGCAUGAUCAAUAAACUAUUUAUAAGGGGUCUAGUCAGCCAGAAUUUAUGGGAAGUUAUAAAAUUUUGGUUAAGCAUCUUUAAAAACAAGCCAUUAGUACUGGCAAAAGACAUCUUUCCUAGAAAUUUAGAAGUAUUUAGGAAAACUUACACAAAAAGAACCAAAUAAGCAAUUUUAUUUUGGUAGAAAACUCUGGUUUAGUGUAUGACUGAUAAAUCUGGCCUGCCUGUGAAUCCCUGCUGCUAAAGUGUCUGCAGAACUGCCCAGUGGAAUUCUCACACUGUCUUGUGUUGCAGAAAACAAGGAAAUCAUCAAAGGAGAAAAAAGCAUUUUUGUCCAACACUAGUACCUGCUGUUUUCAUAAUGGAUAGAGGCUGCUGCCCCUAAAGAGUGUUUUUGACCUGACAGAGUAUGGACUUCCAAAUUCCUUAGGUUAUUCUGAUAAUCUCAGCCAUUUCAUCAAAAAACUCCAAAGGAACAAGGGAUUUCAGGUCAAUCAUUCCCAAAUUCUGGGAUUAACAUGACUUUGAUCAUUAUGUGUGAGAUCCCUGAAAUCACAUUCAGCUUUUGAGUUCCAGGACUAAAAUGUUUCUUCUCUGCAACUGCUGUAAAAAAAAAUAAUAAAAAAAAAGUGGUGGGCUUUUAUUAUUAUAAUUAUUAUAAAUUAUUUUUAUGCAGUGAAGUGUAACAACUCUUUUAUGCAUAGUGUUUUUAUGCAGAAUUCCCUGCUUAUUCUACUGAACCCAAGGAUGGGUCCAAAGAUUAGCUUCAAUGCAGUUGCUUUUAAGUCUAAUCUUUUCCAUUCCAUUCUCAGGAUUGAGAGUUUAGAAUGCCUGAGCUGGACAGCAAAUUAUCAGAUCCAAAGGCAGGUCUCCUGGACAUGUGGGUGUCCUAAAGGGGUGCACAGUUCAGAGCAAGGAAGGGGCUGAGAUUCCUGCCCAGAUCUGUGCACAGUGGCUGCUCCUGAGGUUUGGCAAUUUGGAGGGUGAAUCUGUGUAUUCUUCACGUGCUUGUAGCAGAUACUGUUUAAAGAGGCACUUCAAGGGGAUCUACUAGCAGAAUUUUAAUAGGGUUGAGAUACAAACAUUACUCAGUUAUUUGUUAAGUCAGUAGCCCUAAAAGCCUGCAUAUAUUCAAAAUUAUAGUCCUGAUAUAUAUUCAAAAUUAGUCCUGUCCACUCACUGAACCUAGAUAGAGCAGCUGGAAAACUUUUGUUCUGAAUAUCCACUGAGUUUGUCUCUUAUAACACACCUGAAAUAGUUCAACUUAAUGUAAGUUGAGGGAAUUAAAUUUGAAUGUCUCAAAUCCAUACGUGGUUUUCUUCUGUGAUUAAGUGGUUAAUCUAAGACUUAAUUUUUUUAUUGGUCUAUGAAAAAUUUUAUCCACGUACAGUUCUUAAAUUCAGAAGCAUCAAUAGGCACAAAAGGUUUCUGCCUUGAGGAAUGCAUGGGAUUAGAAAUUUAAGUUAAAUUGUGCUAUGUGUUGGUCCCUUCAAAAAAAAAAAAAAUCCAGGAAGGAAAAAGAAACUGUGGGUAGCACAGAAAGAAGUUUUUACACUUCCAAACCUUGUGGCUGAUUAAAAAAAAUCCAAAAUAAAACCCAAAACAACCUCUCCAAAAAAGCUCUUAAAACUCUCAGAAAACACCCAAAAGCAUGAAGUUUGGUCAGCACAUUGAAAUAACAGAUAUAUUCUAUAAAAUUUCAAAUUUAAAGGUCCUGAAAAGUGUUGUAUUUCACUGAUGAAGGGCUGGCUACAGUAACAAUGGAGAGGGUACAAUAAGGAGUUGAAAGAUGCAACACUUGUAUGAAUAAAAUCUACUGUAAGACAAAGCAAUGGCUGUUAUUCUUACAAUGAUUCUGAGGAAAAGACCAAGAUUUGUUGCCAGGAAAGACUUCAUUCCCACUGUGCAAAGCAGGGCUGUGUGCUCCAGGCUCCUGAGGCACAGCAGCCUCAGCACAGCUGCCCUGGGGUCUGGGCAGCCAAAUGCCAGAGCCCUUCCCCAGUGCCCAGGGCAGCACUGGCACCUGCUGGUCUUCCAUGGGUGCAACCAGGUGAGAGCUGGACACCUCUGCAUCAAGCAACAGACACAUUUCAGCACUGAUUUUCAAGUGCUGAGCAGGACUGGGAGAAGGAAGGGGCCCAUCAGGGUCUGAGAGAGAUGCCACUGAGGUAAUGAUCCUCCUGCCCUAUGUGUCUGCUCUAAACUGAAUUUAUCUGUGCCUCUUGCCCACCUGGUUAAGACAGAUGUGACCAGCAGGCUCCUCUGGUGCACACAGGAUGCCUGGGGGCUGUUCCCCAUCCCUGUGAGAGGGUGGGAGGAGAUGUCCACACAGCAGGAACUCCUCAGAGCCAAUGCUUCAGCAACCUCUGCCACGCCACUCUCCCAUUUCAACACACACUGGGUUAGCAAAAAGCCUGCAGGCUUUCCAGAGAGGUCUGUGAACUGAAAAGCUCAUUAUUUUGAAAACUGCCUUUUUGGCACUGUCUUUUGAAGACGUAAUUGCCAAAUGAGAGCAAUGCCAGGGUGACCAGGACUGCCCUCAGGACACCAGAGUCUGCUGCUGCCUCUGGGAACAGACACAGCAGGCUGCACUAGUGGCCAAGGGCACACCAGAUACUGUGAAACAGUAAAUCUGUUUUCAGUUCAGAAGGAAACAUCAAAUAAUCACAUCAAGAAGUCACAUCUACUCAUUCCAGGGGGACCUUCAAAGUGCUUGUGUGGAUUUCUUAAGGUGCUUGGUAGUGAAGGACCCACCUGGCUAAGCAGUGCCCUUUCUCUCCCUGUGUGUGACUGAAGAAAUAAAUGGGCAGAGCUACUUUGACACUGAAUUAUGGAUUUGGGUUUUUACAGCUGCAUCAGGACCUGUGGGUCCAUACUCCAGAGGUGUGUUCUGACUGCAGCCCCACACAAGAACACUACUGGAGCUGU